GCUGUGUCCCCGCAGGCGCCAUGGAGGUGACGGUGGGGACGGGGGCGCUGGCGCUGGCGCUGCUGCUGCUGCCGCUGCUGUUCGAGCGCAGCCGCUCCUUCCGCUUCUUCUGCAAGAUGGCCUUCUACAACGGCUGGAUCCUGCUGCUCGCCCUCCUCGCCAUCCCCCUCUGCGCCCUGCGCGGCCGCGACGUCGAGAACAUGAAGAUCAUCCGGGGGCUGAUGCAGCACGUGAAGCACCUCUACGGGAUCCGCAUGGCCGUGCGGGGGGCCCAGCACUUCCCCCCCCGCCAGCCCUACGUCGUCGUCAGCAACCACCAGAGCUCCCUCGACCUCCUGGGGAUGAUGGAGGUGCUGCCGGAUCGCUGCGUGCCCAUCGCCAAGCGGGAGCUGCUGUACAUGGGCGCCGUGGGGCUGGCGUGCUGGUUGGGGGGCAUCAUCUUCAUCGACCGCAAGCGCCCGCGCGACGCCAUCAGCGUCAUGGCCGAGGCCGCCCACACCAUGCUCAGCCAGGACGUCCGGGUGUGGGUCUUCCCCGAGGGGACGCGCAACCACAGCGGCUCCAUGUUGCCCUUCAAGCGGGGGGCGUUCCACCUCGCCGUCCAGGCCCAGGUCCCCGUCGUCCCCAUCGUCAUCUCCUCCUACCAGCACUUCUACAGCAAGAGGGAGCGGAGGUUCACGGCCGGUGCUGCCCCCCCUCCCCACGCGGGGGCUGGGCCCCGCCGACGUCCCGGCGCUCACCGACCGCGUCCGCGCCGCCAUGUUGGAGGCCUUCGAGGCCCUUUCGGCCGAGCUCUGCCCCACGGCGCCCGCCCCCGCCCCACAGUGACCCCCAACCGCUUCGGGGGGGGGGGGGGGGGGGACGACGAGCCAGCCCCACGGCACCGGAAUCGGGGGGGGGACACACACACGACGCCCCACACCCUCCCCCCAACCAGCGCGGGACUGAACCCCCCACACACACCCUGCCCCACACGUGCAUCCCCCGGCGCCGUGGGGCUGACCCAUAAGUAAGGGGGCGUGGAGAGAAGGACACGGGUGCGCGCACACCCCACAACUGCCGCGGCGGGGGGUGGGGGAGGAGCGGGGCGCGGAGUGACCCACAAGUGGGGCGCGACCCACGGCGACACAGAGACGGACCCACGGCAACGCGGGGAGCGACCCACAGCGGGACCCACGGCAAUGUGGGGCGGGACCCACGGCCACACAGAGACUGACCCACAGCGGGACCCACAGCAACAUGGGGAGCAACCCACGGCGGGACCCACGGCAACAGAGACUGACCCACGGUGGGACCCACGGCAAUGUGGGGCACAACCCACAGCGGGACCCACGGCGACAGAGACUGACCCACGGCAACGUGGGGAGCGACCCACGGCGGGACCCACAGCAAUGUGGGGCAGGACCCACGGCGACACAGAGACUGACCCACAACGGGACCCACGGCAAUGUGGGGCACGACCCACAGCGGGACCCACAGCGACAGAGACUGACCCACGGCAAUGUGGGGAGCGACCCACAGCGGGACCCACGGCAAUGUGGGGCACGACCCACAGCGGGACCCACAGCCACACAGAGACUGACCCACAGCGGGACCCACAGCAACGUGGGGAGCGACCCACGGCGGGACCCACGGCGACAGAGAGUGACCCACGGCGGGACCCACGGCAAUGUGGGGAGCGACCCAUGGCAGGACCCACGGCAACAGAGACUGACCCACGGCGGGACCCACAGCAACAUGGGGAGCGACCCACAGCGGGACCCACGGCCACACAGAGACUGACCCACAGCGGGACCCACGGCGGGACCCACAGCAACGCAGAGGCUGACCCACGGCGGGGGCUGUGGGAAGAGCUGGGUCAGACCCACGGCGGGACCCACGGCGGGACCCACGGCGGGACCAUGGUACAACCCCCAGCGGCACCCCCAUGGACCGACCCCCUCCAGCCCCACACUUGGGGGGCACCCCACGGACUGACCUUCUUCAGCCCCCCACUUGGGGGUCCCGGUGAUUGACCCACUCCUGGCCCCCCUACUUGGGGGGCAGCCCACGGACUGACACCCUCCGGCCCCCUACUUGGGGGUCCCGUGGACGGACCCACGCCUAGACCCCCACUUAGGGGGCACCCCACGGACUCACGCACUCCAGACCCCCAACCUGGGGGUCCCAGGGACCGACCCUCUCCAGCCCCCCAACUUGGGGGGCGCCCCAUGGACCCACACCCCCCCCUCCCCACCCCCCAGACCCCCACUUGGGGGGCACCCCACGGACUCACGCACUCCAGACCCCCAACUUGGGGGUCCCGGUGACUGACCCCCGCCGGACCCCCAACUUGGGGGGCACCCCACGGACUAACCCCCACCCCCACCCCCCAGACCCCCAACUUGGGGGGCACCCCACGGACUCAACACACUCCAGACCCCCCACUUGGGGGUCC